AAGAAAGAAGUGCCGGGGCUUCUUCUCGUGAUUUGCAUUUUUUCACCUCUCCACCCUUUUUGCUUUUCCCUCAUUCACUUUCCCCACCGUCUUCUCGUGCCCUAGUCUCUCUCUCUCUCUCUCUCUCUCUCUCUCUCUCUCUCAAAUCGAUUCUCCCGAGUAAUCUUGGAUCGGAUUCUCUGAGUGGGCAAGAUCGACAACUCCGUUUCAGAGAGUCGUGGUCAUAAUCAUCUGUAACUUGUGGUGUCUUGAUGGAAUAGUGCUCACAACAUGGACGGUUCUGAUGACCACAACACUGAACAUGUGGGUUCCAGUGGGCUGUGAUAGAUGCUGAAUCCUGAGUCGUGAAAGAGGCGAGAUGAACUCAUCUGUUGAAUGAUUAAAAGGACAAUUGUGGUGUGCAAAUCUGAUGGGUGAUAUCAGGAUCCGGAUGGUGUGGUUUGAAUCGAGUAUAUACUCUCUGAAUCAAGGACUUAAUAUGCUUGAUGAGAAUCUGAAAGCAAACGUGUGGUCAUCUUCAAUUUCUGUGCUCUGCAAUCCCCAAAUAGCUUCCCUGGAGAUGGGUUAGUUUUAGCUCAACGCCAUAUUCAACUUCUUGUUAUGCUGGCUUGCAUUAGACCAAAUUAGGCUGCUGGCGCUGCCACAAGAGAUGGGCUUCCUUUCGGGUGCUUCCGAAAUUGUUGAAGCAAAGGAAGAAACGGAUUCAGUUCAUUACUCUAAAGGAUCAAUUCCUCCAAGUUUUAAAUCAAGAGCAGAUGAGGGAGCUGAAAAACAUAACCCGUCAAUGUCGAAACUUUAUUCGGAGGAAGAUGACAUUAAUCGGCUUAUAGAGGCGAUUGCUCUCAGAACAUCUUCUAGGGGUCUAGGCACUUCAGGUGAAUUAGUAGGCACAUUGCGAAAGAAUCCUCAGAAAAGGCCAAUUAGAGUUGGUAUAUCACAAGCAUCAGGUAUAGGAAUUUCUGAAGCAGUGACCUUGAAGCAGGCAUUAAGAGGGUUAUGCAUUUCUCAGGCAUCUGAGAUGGCUGCCAUGAAACGGUUGUCAAAGCCAUCUGGCUUAUCUGGUUUUUCAGAAGCCGGGACUAUUAAAAGGAUGUAUAGAUCGGUGGUAGUCCAGGCUGCUGAAACUGGUCUUUCUGUUAACAAAGAUAAAGGGAAUUUGCUGGAAAUAUCCCUUGUGCCAGAAAAAAACACCUCAAAUGAUGAAAAGACACCCGAGUCCUUGCAAGCACCCAAGGUGGAAUCAUUGAAUGAGAGUGCUGUUCCUUCUCCCCACUGUGCAGUUGCUUCCACAUCGAAGGUAGUGAAGGCCAAAGCAUCAGCCCAAGAUGGGGCACUUCCUGCCUUGUCAUGCACAACAACAGAUUCGAAGCCUGGGAUGAAGGGAGAUCUGAAUUCAGCAUCGUCUUCUCUAUGUGGAUCUCAAACUGGUUCUGAAGUUAGCAAUUCGCAUGCAAGUCUGCGUGCAAUCAAGCCAGCCUUUAGGAAGAAGAGCUGUGGCAAGAAGAAAGGAAAGCAAGAUUCUGCAUCUGAAUCUAGCAGUUUGAAUACACAUGUUGAAGUUGAUAGAGUCCAAUUGAGCCCCGGGACAAGUAAGUUGGGGCGCCUGACCGAUAAAUGUUCUUGGAAGAAUGUGAAGAAAGAAUACGACUCGUCGGCAUCAAGUAGUACAAACCCUAGUGUUGAAGUAAGCCGAAUGAACGGGAACACUUCUGUAAGUAAAUCUGAUAUCAGUUUUAAUCACUUGGGUUCAAAAGAGAAGGGGGAAUGCUCCCAAAGCUCAAAAAGCAGCAUUGGCGAAUAUAGCACUAGCACGAGCAUCAGCGAAGAAAGCAAUCAGAGUGGCUCCAGUUGUAAUGGCAAUAGGCCCCACAUGUCAAAAGAUUUGAGAUGGGAAGCCAUCCGCCAUGUAGAGAUGAGGCAUGGUUGCUUAGGACUAAGACACUUCAAGCUUCUCAAGAGGCUUGGUUGCGGAGAUAUUGGCACUGUGUAUCUUGCCGAGCUGACAGGCACAAAAUGCCUAUUUGCGGUGAAAGUCAUGGAUAAUGAUUUCUUAGCGAGCAGGAAAAAGAUGCCGAGGGCUCAAACAGAGAGAGAGAUACUGCAAAUGCUGGAUCAUCCUUUCCUUCCGACACUAUACACCCAUUUCAUGACGGAUCGACUCUCAUGCUUAGUUAUGGAGUAUUGUCCUGGUGGAGACCUGCACGUCCUCCGGCAGAGGCAGCCAGGCAAGACUUUCUCUGAACAAGCAGCCAGGUUUUACGCUGCGGAAGUCCUCCUUGCACUGGAGUACCUACACAUGCUGGGGGUGGUGUACCGAGAUCUGAAACCGGAAAACAUUCUAGUUCGGGAAGAUGGUCACAUCAUGCUCUCGGAUUUCGACCUGUCUCUCAGAUGCGCAGUAAGCCCAACACUCCUUAAAUCGUCUUCACCCAGUAGAGAUCCGCCUGCCAAAAGAUCAUCGGGACCUUGUUCUGAAUCUGGCUGCAUUGACCCUCUCUGCCUCCAUCCGUCUUGGGUCCACAUGCCGUGUUUUACACCUAGGCUUUUUGUAUCUGCCGCCACCUUGAAGACCCGGAAGCUGAAAUCUGACCUAGCUUCCCAGGUCAGCCCACUGCCACAGCUUGUGGCAGAGCCUACCAGUGCACGGUCCAACUCCUUCGUCGGGACCCAUGAGUAUUUGGCCCCCGAGAUUAUCAAAGGGGAGGGCCAUGGCAGUGCCGUUGACUGGUGGACAUUUGGGAUCUUCCUAUAUGAGCUUCUGUUUGGCAGGACACCCUUCAAGGGAUCGGGGAAUGAGGACACCUUAGCCAACGUGGUCUCACAGAGCCUGAAGUUCCCAGAAAAUCCCCCCGUUGGUUCUCCAGCAAAGGACCUGAUCAGAGCCCUGCUGAUUAAGGAGCCGGAGAACCGGCUGGGGUCAGCCAGAGGGGCCACCGAGAUAAAGCAGCACUCUUUUUUUGAUGGUCUAAAUCUGGCUCUGAUUCGGUGUGCCUCGCCACCGGAGACACCGAAGAUCGACUGUCCUGGGACUCCGGCAAGGGUGGGCCAGAAAAAGGAGAGCAGGUGUCUAGAGUUCAGGUCUAAUGGAGAGCCUUUGGAGUUUGAGCUGUUCUAGGAAAGGUCCUGUUUGGCUGUGCCUUUUUAUCUUUUCUUGAAUCUGUUGUUGUAACUGAUAGCUCUUAUAAAAUGUAAAAAAUGGCAGUAAUAUUCUCAUGUUAAUAGUAUAAAUACGAUUAAAAAAAUCUAUGUAGCAAAGAUAGAUACAAUGCACCCUAUGUUUUUCAUAUAUACACCCCUUCUUUUCUA